CCCGAUUAUAUGACAGCUAAGAUGCGAGCUAUUUAUUCCAAAUUUUUAAUACUCCCUCCGUUCCUAAAUAAACUUCCAACUUUCCUUUUUCGUCCGUUCCAAUUAAAACUUCCAUUUUUCCUUUUUGGUAAAGAAUUUGUGGUUCACAACAUUUCUUACACAUUUCUCUCUCCUCUGCAUAACUCUCCACCACACAAUAUCCACUAUCUUAAACUUUGUGCCAAACCCAUUUGGAAGUUAAAAUGGGAACGGAGGUAGUACAAAACAGACGAGUCAUUUAAACUUUACAAUCCUUGAAAUUUGGCCUAAAAAUGUUGAAAACUCAAAAAGUUGAAAAGAAAAUGAAUUGUUCUUAUUUUACUCUACAAUAAAAUGAUUGAAACUUUUUUCCAAAUUUAAACUUGAAACGUGUCAAAGUUCAAUUUUCCUCAUUUGGAUCCACUGGGCCUUUGGUAUCUUCAUCAUCGUACACGUAAGCAAACCCUCCGUGCCGGGUCAAAUCCAUACCCGACAUUUCAUCCUCCUCCGAGAUCCGCAACAGAUUCAGUUUAUGUAGAACGUAGAAAAGAGGACCCAUUGUGACACUUACCCAUCCAAAGAUAACCAAAAUCUGAAUCACAUGGGCCGCAAGAAGCUUCCCGCCACCACCCAUAAACAACCCAUAAGGCCGGCCCGGCCUGUAAACCUCAUUAACGUACUUUUCCUUCGCGAAUAACGCCGUGAAUAUAAUUCCCCAAGCCCCACAGCCGCCGUGCAGCUGCGCCGCCUCUAACGGGUCGUCGUAUUUGAGUUUCUCCGCCAGCUUAUUAAACCCAAUCAACACCAACGCCGCCACAAACCCGCAAAUGAUCGCCGCCCAUGGGUCCACGACGGAGCAACCGCCGGUGAUUGCCGCGAACCCGCCCAAGAGCCCGUUGCACACGUCGGUGACGUUCCAAUGCCCAGACAAAAUUCUUUUCACGAACAAGGUUGUGAGGGCGGCGGUGCAGCCUGCCAAAGUAGUGGUGACGGCGGUGCGGCCUACGGCACUCCACUGGCCAUAGAAGCCACCACCAGGAUACGCGACCAGUAUUUUGGUAAAUGACCCGGGAUUGAACCCGUACCACCCGAACCACAACAAGAACGUGCCCAGAACCACUAACGACGCGCUAUGACCACGCAGAGCAACGGAUCGGCCCGAGCUAUCGAAUCUGCCGAUUCUCGGGCCUUCGAUUAUUGCACCGUAUAAUCCGGCUACUCCACCGACCAUGUGAACGACUCCAGAACCGGCAAAAUCAAUGACUCCGGAUCCGAAAAGGAGAUCUGAAUUAUUGGUCGGGCUGGCCCACCCGUCUACGGACCAGAACCAAUGGGAAACGACCGGGUAAACAAAGCCGGUGAGAAAAGCAGAGUAUAUCAGAUACGCCACAAACUGGGUCCGCUCGGCUAUGGAGCCGCUGGUUAUGCCGGCGGCGGCUAUGGCGAAAGCCCAUUGGUAGAGAAAAUUAGCGUAAUCCAUCCCUGCGUCGGCGUCGGGGAUACCCUUCAAGCCGAAGAAGUUAUUUCCGAUGAAGCCGUUGGAUUUCUCGCCGGUUCCGAAGGCAAAGGCGAACCCGAAAAGGUAGUAGAAGAGCCCGCCGGCGGCGGCGUCGAGGACGUUGGUGAGCAUGAUAUUCUUGGUGUUCUUGGCGCGGACUGAGCCGGCGCAGAGCAUGGCGAAGCCGAGCUGCAUAGAGAAGACCAAGUAAGCCGAGAAGAGGAGAUAAGUAGAGUCAACGGCAUAGCCGGUAACGACGAAAGCAUCGGAGACGUCGGAAAACUGCUGGCAGAUGUAGGAAGCGGCGGCGGAGGCGUUCGUGGUGUUGGGUCCAAGAAGUGAAGCGAGUUGAUCGGCGGCGCAGCUCAGGGACG